AUGACGCCCAAGGGAUCUCGCAAGAGAGUGAAGACCAACCCCUCUGGUGUGGACUCACCGGCUGGACUGAGCGGUGAUGGCCGAGACCGCUCAGGUUCCCAGUCACAGGGGUACAAUGCUAGCUGGUACCCCGGGUCUUGGUCUUCCACUGCGAGAGUGUCUAAAGCAGCUCCAGUUACCGAGGUUGCCCGUGAGAGCAUUUCAGCGGCCAAAACUGUAGCAUCGAACGUCACCAACUCAUCAGCUUCUCUUCUGAAUACCCCAACAAAGAAUCUAUACCCUUCCAUUCAUCUUACGCGAAAGGCGGGCGCCUCGACCAGGUCUCUACCCGCUGAUGCUACCACCACCCGAAUCAACAUCGCAUCGGAUGGUUCGGCUUCCACUACAGCUGCCGACGAUACCGAAGAAUCCAGGGCUAUAGAACCGGCAAAACCUGACAAAGAAUUACUUGACGAGAGUGGCGUUAAGUCGCUAGAGGAACCAGUCAAGGAACGGGAAGCCACCCCUGAAGCUGAUCCCAGCACCUCGCAUGCGGGAUCUACAAAGGACCCCCAGCAAUCUAGUGGUUGGCUCUCAUGGAUAUAUGGAUCAUCAGCUACAUCCAAAGUUGCUGCAAAUGUCCCAGUAUCUACGCACGCCGUGGACCAUCAAGUGGCCGAAAACCAAAUGGCAGAGCAGGGUGUUGAACCUACUGUGAUAGAUUAUGCAUCACGGGAAGAAGAACUGGAACUGGAGCCAGAGCAGAUAAUAGAUACCGUUGAAGGUAUACCCACAUCCCAAAAACGAUCGUGGCUUCAGAUGUGGUAUGGUACAAAUACAUUGUGCAAGCAAGAAGACCCACCAUCUACAGAAUCCACAAUCUCCCGUUCCGCGAAUCACAAUCCCACCGAGACUCCCUCCACAAACAUGGCACUGCAGGAUCCCCACCAUGGGCCAGCAGAACCAGCUGGUGGACCGCAGACCCCAGUUGGAACCACGAGAUCAUCGGGCUGGUCAUUCUGGUCCAAAGAUCCAAAAAAGGUCGGGCCCUCUGAUAAACUCCAGGAAGGCGAAGCUAUUGAGGCGUCAAUGGGACAGAACUUGUCAUCAAAGCGUACAGCACUUGAAUCAGAUGCAGAUUCAAAUGUCAACAUCACACAGAAAAGCACUAUCAAAAUCAAGCCCCAAAAAGACAACUGUCUCAAAGAUGGAUCUGCUGUGUCCACCAUUGAGAGCACUUCUACAUCUAUGCCGCCUGUUGAACCUCGACCAGCCGAUACCAGUACUUCAAAACACUUGCAGCAAACUCUCCCCAACCAAGUACUGCCGAAGUUCGAAGAAACCUAUACGUUUGAGCAACCGCCCUCCAUCUUGCAGAGCCUUGGUCGACUUCUGCAUUAUGGGAAAGGGCCAGAGGUCAGGCAUGUCAGCAGGGUCCGAGAUCCUCUGCAUGUGAGACGCGCUUUGGCUAUCGGUGUUCAUGGGUAUUUCCCCGCUCCUUUCAUUCGAAACUUACUCGGACAGCCCACUGGGACAUCUAUCCGGUUCUCCAAUAUGGCAGCAGAUGCUAUCCGGAACUACACAGAGGGAUAUGGCUACUCUUGCAGUAUUGAAAAGAUUGCAUUGGAAGGAGAAGGUCGAAUUGCGGAGCGAGUGGAUCUCCUGUGGAAGCUGCUUCUAAAUUGGAUGGAGGAGAUCCGCAAGGCUGAUUUCAUCUUGUUCGCAUGUCACAGUCAAGGUGUGCCGGUAACAAUUAUGCUAGUUGCAAAGUUGAUACAGUUCGGCUGUCUUGACGUCAAACGGGUCGGAAUCUGCGCCAUGGCGGGUGUGAACCUAGGCCCCUUCCCGGAUUAUCGCUCUCGGUGGAUCAGUGGAUCGGCUGGAGAGCUGUUCGAAUUUGCACUACCUUUCAGCAAGGUGUCAAAAGAGUACGAAGCUGCUCUCAAAUGUGCUCUCAAUUUUGGUGUUCGCAUCUGUUACAUCGGAAGUAUUGAUGAUCAACUAGUUUCACUGGAGUCCUCUCUCUUCUCGCCUAUCACCCACCCUUAUGUCUACCGCGCUGUCUUCGUGGAUGGCCGAGUCCACGCCCCAAGCUUCCUUUCCCAUCUAGUUGGCUUCGCCCUCAAACUUCGCAACCUUGGUAUCCCGGACCACGGUCUAAUCCGCGAACUAAGUACCCCAUUAGCAGGAAGUUUAUACUCAGGAGAGGGACAUUCUCGGCUGUACGACGAUGAAGCUGUGUACUUCAUGGCCAUAGAAUUUGCACUCGAGACUUCUUCCGCGCCAGACUCCGCGCUCAGCGUCAUACGAGCUAGCAGCUCCGCUACGCCAAAUCCGUACAUUCUUCCCUUCGCCAUGCGCGGACUGCUGGAAGAGGAAUAUGUGCGCCGAGAACUUCACGACGAGACUAUGGAAUUGCUCAGGCAAUUUGACGACUGGAAACCUUCUAGCAAGGUUCUGAAAGAUGUGAAGUUUAGACUAGAAGGUAUCCGGUCAAAACUCUAG